CAGGAUUUUAGAUCAACAGAAUAGCAGCAGCUUAUAUGAUGGUUGUAUGUGUGUAGAGUCGGUAUACAUUUUUAUAACGUUCAUAAUAGAAAUAGUCUAUGUAGAACAAACAUGCUUCUGACAUGGAGAAUACGGAAUCACGUCAGCUCUAUUCGUGGAAUUUCUAUCUGCAAAGUUCGAGAAUGUUUGACAACUGAACGUGACCAAAAUUUGCACUGGUUUGAGUCCAGUAGACAAGAACUACAUUUCCCACGAACCACUGGUCUCUAUUUCGACACUGUAAACUGGCGGACGGGAGAAUUAACACUGCAUCUUGUGGAACAGCAACAAAAGGCAGUACAAUGUUUACAGAGAUUCUGUUAGCCCUGGUGGUGGGAGGAGUAGUCUACUUCCUGGUGCAGAGGAGUAAGAGGCAUCAGCUGAAGAGUGAGGAUGGCUGGUGGGGGGAGGGGACUCCCAUGGCUGGGGAAGAAGAUCUCAGCAUUCGCCCCUACACAGUCCAAACAGAUGACGAGGAGUUGGAGGACCUGUACAGGCGAAUAGACCAGACCCGACCCUUCCCCUCUCUAGAGGACAGCCAGUUCAACUACGGCUUCAACUCCCACUAUCUGCAGAAGGUGGUCACCUACUGGAGACGUGACUUUGACUGGAGGAGACAAGUGGAAAAACUGAACAAAUUCCCACAUUACAAAACCAACAUUGAAGGCAUUGAUGUCCACUACGUCCAUGUGCGGCCCAAGAACCUCCCUGAGGGUGUGACUGCUGUGCCUCUGCUCAUGGUGCACGGCUGGCCAGGCUCUUUCUACGAGUUCUACAGGAUGAUACCCCUCCUGACUCAACCCUCCAACCCAGACGACAUCGUGUUUGAGGUGGUGUGUCCUUCCAUCCCUGGGUACGGCUUCUCCGAGGCUCCACAUAAGAAAGGUUUUGACUCGGUGUGUGCGGCCCGUGUGUUCCACAAGCUGAUGAAGAGACUGGGCUUCCAACAGUUCUAUGCUCAUGGAGGAGACUGGGGAUGGAUCGUCACUACCAACAUGGCCCAGCUGGAGCCCAAAAUAAUCAAAGGCUUACAUCUCAACUUUGCUCCCCCAUCCAAACCGGGCCUGCCCGUGGUUCUGUCUAUAAUGCUGGGCCGCAGUUUCCCCAAGCUGUUUGGCUUCAACGAACACGACAUUCAGCGCAUCUACCCCGUUGUGCAGAACCUAGUGGUGGAGUCUGUCAAGGAGUCAGGAUACUUGCACAUCCAGGCCACCAAGCCUGACACUGUGGGUCGAGCGUUGAAUGAUUCUCCGGUGGGUCUUGCUGCCUAUAUCUUGGAGAAGUUCUCCACCUGGACUGACCAUGACUUCAGGAACCUGGAUGACGGAGGACUUACGAGGAAGUUCAGUCUGGAUGACCUGCUGACCAACGUGAUGAUCUACUGGACAUCUGGCUGCAUCAUCUCCUCUAUGCGCUUCUACAAGGAGAACUUCAGCAAGGGUCUUGACCAGCCACACUCAAAGAUGCCAGUGCACGUGCCCACCGGUUUUGCCUGCUUCCCCAACGAGCUGAUGCACACCCCCAAGCUGUGGGUGCAGCAGAAGUACCGCGAGCUGAAGACCUUCACGCCCAUGGCCCGAGGAGGACACUUCGCCGCCAUGGAGGAGCCAGAACUCAUGGCCCAGGACAUCCAGAACUUCACCAAGAUGCAGGAGAAGAUGAAGUGAUCGCUCUGCACAUCUGCCUUUCCUGUUUACCAAAUGACACCAGAUGCUAGGUCAGCGAGCACUGGUAUUACAAUAGCACUGACAUGUGAAGUUACUUCCUGAUAAACCCAUAGAGAGAAUCCUCUGCCAUAGCUGCCUUUUUACACACAUCUGGAAAUGAUUCUAGCCAUGUCACAUAUCUGUUUGUGCUGUUUUGGCAUGACAACGACCAUAUGACAGUCCCUCCAGGAUUCUGCGAUCGCAACUCGAUAGAUACUAUGCGAGGGGCUUGCAAAUUUGACCAAUCACCGCACUAUUUCUGCUUAAAACAGUAAAAUCAUUGCAAUAUUAUCGCAUAAAACUGACCCAUCACCGCAGUACAAAAAUAGGGCUUGCAAUUUCAACCAACCACCGCACAUUUUGCUGCAUUAUGUGGUUCAAUCAAGCCACACGUCAACAAACUUUUCCCCUGAUCAGCGCAUUUCCAUGACAAAUUGAACAAAAUCAUUGCAUAUUGCCAAGCAAAUGUCAGCACUGCUGCAGCAAAAUCAAGCAUUUUUGCCUGCAAAUAUCACAAAGGAUCCCCAUGAAAUCCUGGAGGAAGGAUAUGUGACAAGACUACACAAACAGAUCUGUGACCAGGCUAACAUAGUACAGUAAAGCCUCCCAUUGACUACUACCAAUGAGAUGGGGAAGAAAAGUGUUCCUCAACUUACUCUCUAGUUAGGAAAUGAUCCAUGGACCAAUUGAGAAGAGUGAAUAGAAGACAAUUUCGUGAAGGUUGUUCCUGAAUCAAUGUUGAGGAGAGCACAGAUAGUUAUGUUUUGAUUACUCGCAUAGUCUAGCUCUGAGUGGUUAUCAAAUGAUGCACAAAAUAUCAGAUAUGUUUUAAUUUUUGCAAUAGUUGCCAGAGACUGAAAUGUGUGUUUUAUUCUGAUCACCUGUUCUGUUGUUAUUUACAAUGUUAUAGCAUUCCAUAAAUAGCACUUUGCAUUUAUUUCAGAAACUAAUCUAUAUAUAUUUUCUGGACAAAUUAUAUUAAUAAACAUUUAAAUUCAA